CAAAAAUCUGUCGUCCCCGUUUGCGCUCUCCUUGGACGGCCGCCACGUGUGAAUCUCACUCUCGCUGCCCCAGGUGUGUGAAUCUCACUCCUUCCUCGAGUGACCCUCACCCCUGCUCGGGCGCUCUCGCCCUGCUCGGGCUGUCAUCGGCAGUGUGCACCGGCAAAACCGCCACGUCUAUGACCUGAACUCACCCACGCUGCCCUGUCCUACCCACUCUGCCAUUCCGCCCCUGGCCCCUCACCCCUGAUCCCUGGCCCCUCACCCCUGACCCCUGACCAUGCACAAGACGACCCCUGAUCCCAUCAGUGCUGACCCUCCCACCGACUCUGCUUCGUCCUCUUCAAACCCGGCCGGCCGUGAUGCCACGCUCGUCUACGAGGCGCAGAUGAAGAAACUCGGCCUUGUCAGCACCACAGAGGCAACGGCCACUUGGACGGCCAAGGUGCAGCCCCUACUCGCAAGCCUUCCAGAGGCCAUGCAGAAGCCGGUCGCGGAUGUCCUCGUGUUCCAGCACAACUACACCAUCGAUGUGAUCACCGACCUGCUUGGUGUCACGUCAGCAAAGGGCGACGAGAAAGCCGCUGACAUCUGCAGCAGACUCGACACCAUGGACCUCAACGCGGCCAACUUCAAGACGGAGGUUGCCGAGGCCUUCACCCGCACCAGCACCGCCAUCGCAUGCCUCGACGACAAGAUCAACACGACGGAGCGCAAGAUCGGGGAGGGGAAGCUUCGCAUGCGCGGCGUCCGCCCCGACAGGCUGACCGACCCUGGCCAGCUGCACCGCUACGUCUACAGCGUCCUCGAGCGCGCCCAGCCGCCCAUCCCCCCUCUCUCCGUCAACUUCAUCUGCACGCCGGCAGGCAAGCGCGACGUCAUCCUGGCCUUUGGUGAUGGACAGCUGGCUGGGCACAUGCACAUGCGCAUGCGGCAGGGCCGCGGGCGCAUCUGGUGUGGUGGGGUCGAGUAUGGGCUCACAUCGGUGCAAGGGCCUGACGAGUCGCUCUCGUAUGCCCUCAUGCUCGCGGUUGACCGCGGUAUGGGCGACAAGAUCGAGGUCGGCCCUGUUAUCUGCCACCCCUCCCCCCACCCUGGCCCCCACACCGACGUCCGUCAUCGCACCCCCACCUAUAUCGACCGAGCCCCGGUGCCCGUGUACAUCAACGAGGCGCACGCCCUCAACUCGGCCGUUCCUGCCUGGGGUGCCCUGUCGACAUCCCCGACAUCCUCAGUCGCCGCACCCCUCCCCCUUCCCCCUUCCCCCGCCCGCCCUCAUCCGUCGUCCGUUCCGUCUUCCUCUCCCCUGCCCCCCUCAAUGGUUGCCCCUGCAGUGCCGAUCGUCCCUCCAGUGACGAUGACUGCACCCACCCUCACAACGGCUCGGUCGCUGCCUGCAGCAUCGUCGUCUCCGGGGGGGUCGCCGCACUCCAAACGACACCAUGCUGCACCCGGUGGCGGUCCGCGUGCAGCAGCCUGUGCGCCGUCAGCACCAGCGGAGUCGCCCCGUGCAGUUCCCUCCACCCCUUCAUUCGCAUCCAUGCCCACCUCGGCGACGUCCCGCCCAGCCUCUCGUUCUGCGAAAGGGGGACCCUCUCGAGGCCCCUCACACAUCGCGUCGGUGUGCCUCAACCCGGUCAGCCGGAAAUUUCGUAGCCCUCAGGCCGGCCAAUGAUAGCUGGUGGGAAUGGAUGGAUGGCGGGAGGGAGGGACGAUGGGGAUGGGCAAUGGCCAUGGGGGCUCUUAUUGUGGGUGGUUGCCUUCUGAUGGGUGUAUUGUUUGUUGUAUGCGUGGCCAUAUGCAUUUUCCUUGGUCCAUUUUCCUACUCUCGUCGCUUCUGGCAUGUCUGGAUCACUCGUUGUGCUGCUGCGUGUGUUUGUCACUUACGUGUUCUCCUCUGCUUGGUGCCGUGGUGGGCUAUGCUACGCACACUCCUACUUUGGCUCGUGUUGUGUGGAUGGCUGGGAGGGGAGGGGGACGAGGUGCUCGCACUUGUUAUUGGCGGCCUUGCUGUUGUCACCGUGGCAAUGUGUGUCUUGGUGCAUGGCUGUAUCUCUCUUGUUUCUUUGCCUCCUUCUCGUUACCCUCUCUAUUUACUGCCCCCUCGUCCGUCUCGGUUCAUGUGGCGCCGCUGGAGGCCGCCAAGCUACUCUCGUGUUGACGUCCUUUACGACGGUACCUCCCUCGCUCUCGGGUGUGCUUGGGAGGCCACCCUCUCUAUUUUUUGUGUUCUGUCGGCGCCUUAGCUGCUCGUGCGUGGACACAGCUCAGAAUGCCUGCCCUUCGUCGGUGUUCUCUGUUCUCUCUUUUUUAUGCGUCUUUAUCCACCUGUGGGUGAUGUAUUCUAUGGUGUAUUCUAUGCGGGACGGGAUGGGCGGCAAGGAAGGGGAGUGGGCGUGACCGUGCGUACAGUUCAUGCUGAUGAUGCAUGUCGUGUCGCUGAUGCAAUGACUGCUUCGCUCUGUCUCCAUGGCGUGCGAGCACCGGGCUUUAUGUCUCGUUUCUCGUUCGCGAGAGGUGGCACCCAGCCUGUCAUGCUUCUGCCAUGCCUACUGGAGGGGCGAUCAGUUCAUCGUACGAGUACUUUGCAUGUUGCACUACGUGCAUUACGUGGGGGUGGGCUGCAUGGAGCGUGCGGGUGGUAUGCCGUGGUGCACGUGGGUGCGUUGGGUGUAUAUAUGCGUUGCCCUGCUGCAUUCCGUGAUGUGGGCGGGUGGUGUUUGGGGACUAAGGCCUACGCGCGGCCAUUAGGGGAGACGACGUCAGAGAGAGGCCAGUCAGCUCGUUCGUCUGCAUCCAUGACUCGGGACGCUCCAUCUGCUGGAGCGGCUCCUGCAAUUCAUGGCGACACUCGCAGGACAGGCUCUUCCGGUCUUUCUGAUCGGCCACAGCCGGCAGAGCCAGCUGUAUGUGUUGGUAUGCCAUGCUCUCCCCCUGCACAGCAGACAUAUCACUUCCUGUUCCUCAAUAUCCAGGGGCUGGCGGCUAAGGUUACUGGCUUUGCAUCGUUAUUUGAUGAGCUUCUAAAGGUUGAUGCGCAUGGCGCUCGCUAUGAUUUUCUGGCUUUUGCUGAGACUUUCCACGAUGAGUCGUGUGUUGAUUUGACUGGCUACUCGUGUUGGCAUGCCCCUCGUGCGCAAAUGUUCAAUCAUGCCACACAUACCGACGUUCUUUCUGGGGGUGUUGCUAUAUAUGCUAGCCGUCGCGUGAGCCCUUUCGUGAAGCAGAGGCAAUGUGGGAUUGGAAAUGUUGUUGUGGUUGAGUGUUCGCCUGCUCUACUCGGCUUGGACCGGUCUCUUUUCAUCAUGGCUUGCUAUGUACCGCCAUGGUGUGAGUCAGACAAGCCAGGCGGGGAGUGGUGGGAUGCUGUGGAUGUGCUGUGUGGUACACUGACUGAUGAGCGUCACUUGCUCCUGCUGGGGGACUUUAAUGCACAUACGUCCACACUUCCUGACACAUUGAGUGCUGCUGACUAUGAGGAAGUGGGAGUCGAUGUUGGCACACUUCAUCCUCUCCUCCUCACUCCCCCCUCCCGUUUGUCUGCGUGCGUGUCUCCAACUGACUUGACAUGUGCCGGUCGAAUGGGUUGUUGGCCGACACAUCGGGCGGUCCCCAUCUACUCUCACGUCUGCUGCGACAUUCGCUCAAGGCAGGGGUACUGUGAUUGAUUAUGCUAUCGCGUCUCCUCGUUUGUAUUCUCUCGCUACUUACUUUGAUCUUGCCCUGACUGACUUACACACACAGCAUUUGGCGCUCUCUCUCGGCUUCACCGUGAGUAGUGAGCCUCAUGCUGUGACUGAUUUGCGUGAUCGCAUUCGUGCUGCGCGUCAUAAUCCUAGCCGUGCACUCUAUCGGUGGACGGUUGGAGACUUGAAUGCAAUCAUGUCUGACUUACUCAACGACCCAUCGCAUCUGUAUCUGCGUGAUGAGUUGGCUGCAGCAAUGCGUGUACAUGACUCUGCCCGUUCUAGUGUGGCGGCUACGCGUGUACUCAACUCACUUACUUCUAUCUUCCACAAACAUUCAUCAUAUGUCGAUUGCCGCCGCAAGGCAGCAGACGCGAUUUUGCGUUGCUUAGAUGGGCAUGGUCCUCGCACUACGCUCUCUGCGCUUCCCCUCCCACUUGCUGUGCGCCGUUCUAUUGCCGAUGCACGUCAGGCGCAUGCUGCGUAUCGUGCUGCUCGUCUGACGGGCGAUGCGGCCGGUCAGGCAGCUGCCUAUGAUGCGUUUCGGCAAAAAGGCGCAUACCGUAAAUCUCUCUGUGAGGGCUGUAAGCGUGAUGCUAUACGGGCGAAGGUCCAUGAGAUUGCACUGUUGCGUCGUGUCAAGGUGAAGGAUUUUUGGCGUCAUUUUCAUUCGUCCAGUCAUUCGGUUCCUGCCCUCCCCUUACAUACACCUACUCUCUCCCAGCGCGCGCAGCACUAUGAGCAUGUUUUUGCUGGGCCUCAGGUUGCGUACUUUGACCCGGCUGCCCCUGUCUCUGCUGCUCAUCGUAAUGCACAUGCUAGGCAGCGUCACGUACCUGUUGAUUGGUCCGGCCUCUGCUUUCUCUGCUUCCGCUUUGGAGGCCAUUCUCGCUCAUUGCCCAUCGACUAGCUCUUCUGGCCUUGAUGGUAUCACUUAUCAGUUGUGAAACGUGUCGGGACGGCCGCUCUCACUGACCUCAGCCAGGUGUUCACUGCGUUUUUUCGCUCGCGUACGUGGGCGUACGCUCAUGAUUGUAUUCUUGUUCAUCCUCUGCAUAAGAAGGGCCCUACUGACUUGCCUGAUAAUUAUCGGGGCAUCCACUUGCUGCCUGUCUGGGAGAAAUUGUAUGGUCACCUCCUAAUGCCAUCCUCUCUCAGACAUCCACAUGCCCAGAACAGGCUGGUUUUCGUAGGGAUCAUGGUACCAUUGGCCAGUGCUUUGUGUUGGGUAGCUUGAUAGAACGUGCUCGUCGUGCCAGGCAGCCACUCUAUGUGUGCUUCGUUGAUUUUCGUAAGGCGUUUGACUCCGUCAAUCGUGAGCUCCUCUGGGAUGUCCUUCGUAGGAAGGGCAUUGCAGAGACUCUCGUACGGAAUCUCGAAGCUCUGUAUGCACGUGUGAAGGCGCGUGUUCAUGGUAGCUUUGAGGGGCUGUCUGCUGUGUUUAAGGAGCUGUUCGGUGUUAAGCAAGGCGAUCUCCUUGGCCCACUCUUGUCUUCUCUUUUUGUCGAUGACCUGCCUGAAUACAUUCGCGCUGGCCGUGAGGCCACCGCCCCACUCUUGCGGCUCAUCGACAUUGUUGUGUUCGCUUUGUUGUACGCCGAUGAUCUUGCUUUGCUUGCUGUAUGCGCUCCAGGCCUGCAAGAAAGCCUUGAGCCUACAUCAGUGAUGAGAAGAGCAGGGUGGUUAUUUUUAACCCUGAGUUUGCCCCUAUCCCACCCCCCACUUUUCACUUCGGCCCUGCAACCGAUGUCUUGACUCGUGAGCUCGCUUUUCGCCAUCUUGGUGUAUGGUUUCAUGAAUCGGUGGGGUGGGAGUAUCACUUGCAGGUGAUGAGUGGGAAAGCAAGUACUUCUCUGAAUAUCCUUUACCAUCGUCUUAAACGUUUGCCUGCACUGGACCCAGCAACUCUUUUCCUUCUUUUCGAUACACUUGUUGCGCCUGUGUAUUUGUAUGGCUGUGAGUUCUGGGCGAGCCUGCCGUGUCGUCAGCUCGAUAAGUUACAUCGCCGGUUUCUCUUGCGUGUCAUGCGUGUCUCAUCUCGCACUAGCACGAACGCAUUACUCACUGAGACCGGCCGCUUUCCCGUCCCGUAUGAAGCGCGCCGGCGGCUGCUUGAUUUUCUAUGUCGUAUAUGGAAUGGUCGCUGCGGCGAGCUCGCUAGAAAGGCUCUGUCAGAAGCCCAAUCUGCUUAUACAUCCGCACCUCAGUUCACACGUAUGCAGACAGACACCACUUACUUCUACAGACAGCACCAUAAUAUGUAUGCUCGCUUUGCUGCCGCCUUGGAUCAUGCAGGUCAGCGCGCUCUGAUCUCUAAUUUGGUCCCAUUAGUGACUCCAUGUUGCAUGACCUUCGUGUCGGCCAUGCUAAGGCUCACUUUGCUGAUCCACUCACGUCACGGUGGGACACCAACAUACGCACUCGUCAUCAUUCGCUGCAUGAUGCACCCCCUCUUCCUCCCCCCCUCUCGCUCUUUCCCUUGCCUCUGUGUCUUCUUCCAUGACAAUGCCCGUACGCGGAUUCUCUUGCAUGCACGUCAGCGUUCAUUCACUGCUUCUCCUUUCUUUGGCAAUGUCUUCCCUCAUAGCUUUCCCGUGACCCGUCGGCCUUUUGCGCCGCGCACACAGCGUUGCCUUCUGGACAGAAGCAAUCUACUCUCUCUACCUCCCUCAUUAUUGAGUCAGGCCAAGACUGGCUUCAUCGCCUCAUCCAGCCUCUGUCCACCUUUCCAUGCUACUUUUCACUACCUCGACCCAAGCGUCGUGUGCUGUUCGCUUUUCGGACCGGUACAUAUCCCUGUGCAGUUACUGAUGGGCGUAUCGGUGGCCCUCCACGACUGCUGCGCUCUUGCCCGUAUUGCACCGUUUUUCAUUUCUUGCCUCACAUGUGUGUGCCACCUGUUGAGGAUGAGCUGCACAUUCUUUUCUACUGUCCCCUCUACAGCUCUGCACGAGGGGAAGUAUUCCGUGUUGUUCGCAUGUAUGGCCUUGCGGCGUCUGAUGGCAAGGUUUACUUUCGAUGGGAUCUCAAUUAUUGUGAUCCUCUUGUGUUUGCCUUUUCUUUGCUCACCUCUCGCUCACUGCAUGUGCAUGAAGCGGUCGCCACGUUUCUGCUUUCUGCGAAAGCCUCGCGAAAGCGGUGGGUUGCGUUGCAUCCGGUGCUUCCUUCUCCGGACUCGUGAUUUUCUAUGGACUCACACAGACCCUUUCUUGCGUACCCCUUCGGGGGGCCGGGGGGCAAGGUCCCCGUGAGGUUAACGAACGAACGAACGUACAAAGAUGCCGCGAGCUAAAUAUAUACAUCAAUCUAGGUGUGGGGUGGAUCAGUCGUGUGUGAUGGGGCGGGCGUGCACCCCCGCCCCAUCACACACGCAGGAGGCUGGCCUGCUCUGUUGCCCUUCUGGCCUCUCUCUCUCCUGCUGUCUGGCUAUUCUAUGCAUCUGGGUUUACAGUGCAUCAGUCGUGUGUGAUGGGGCGGGCGUGCACUACUAGGCAGCUAUGUUACUUCAUCUUCAGCCAGUGUGUGAGCGCAGCACACACAGCAUCUCAUCGACACAGCAUCUUUACUUGCCUGCACGUUCUGCGCCUGAGGCUGGACUGCUUUGUUGCCCUUCUGGCCUCUCUUUCCUCUGCUGUCUGGCUGUUCUGUGCAUUUGGGUUUGGGUGGAUCGGUCGUGUGUGAUGGGGCGGGCGUGCACUACUAGGCAGCUAUGUCACUUCAUCUUCAGCCAGUGUGUGAG